AAUCAUAUUUUUUGAUUGUUGUUGGGCCGUGGGGGAAAGGUUAGCGAAAUGUUUCCCUCCGCAUUGGCAAGCAAGUCAAUUCAUCCAAUGCCGAACUCUUUGCCUUCACAAAGUCCCAAUGAAUUAGCCCCUCAAUUCGACGUGUCUCCCUUUACUACUCCUGCUACUUCUGCCACCCUAAUAAUCACCCACCCACCCACCACUUAAACAUUAGACUCAUGUCACAUCUGUUCAGCUAUGACUUUCGCUACGACGACAACGGCUACGAGACACAAACGUCACAGAAACAGCUGGAGGUUGAGGACAGCAUAGGCGAAAUUUACCUCAGUCUGGUCGACCCCGAUACUAUGCACCACGGUGGCGACAUUGACGACAGCAAGCACAAGCUGCUACGGAGCAAACACGAGCAGUUUAUGCAUACUGCGCUAGGUGGGCUUCCCAGCGGUUUCGUAGCCUUGGACGCAUCACAGCCGUGGUUCUCACUAUGGUGUCUCAAUUCUCUCGACAUACUCGGCUGCGAGAUUGAUUCGCUGCUGCGCCGGAGGACAAUAGACACGCUGGCACGGUUGCAGAGUCCCAGCGGCGGGUUCUGCGGCGGCAACAAGCAACUCCCGCAUCUGGCCGGGUCAUUUGCCGCAGUUCUGGCCAUUGUUUUGGUUGGCAGCGAUGAGGCUUACCAGAUCAUUGAUAGAGACGCAAUGUACCAGUGGCUGAUGACAAUGAAGCGGCCCGACGGGUCAUUCUUUAUGCACACUGAUGGCGAGGUCGACGUUCGUGGCAUAUACUGCGCCAUGGUUAUUGCCUCGCUGCUCAACAUAAUGACACCCGAGCUGACCAAGGGCUCGGCCGAGUUUAUCGCGCGGUGCCAGACAUGCGAGGGUGGCAUUGGCCCGUUUCCUGGAGUCGAGGCCCAUGGCGGAUAUACACUGUGCGGACUAGCUGCUCUGGAAAUCCUCGGCCGGCUGGACAUCCUUGACCUCAAGCGUCUGGCCCGGUGGAUGUGUGCGCGGCAGUUGUCAUUUGAGGGCGGAUUCAGCGGCCGUACAAACAAGCUGGUCGACGGCUGCUACUCGUACUGGGUCGGGGGUGCAUUUCCGAUUUUGCAAAAGGCUCUUGGGCGGUCGGCGCGAGAUGACUACCUUUACGACCGUGCAGCAUUGCAACGGUAUAUUCUGGCUUGUUGCCAGGAAACCAAGCAGCAGCGCUCGGGCGGUUUGCGGGACAAGCCCGGAAAGUCGCCCGACUACUACCACACCAUGUAUUGCCUGGCUGGCUUGUCACUUUCUCAGCACUAUGUCGGUGUGGACUCCAGCAAGCCUGUUGUCGAUGCGUCGUCCGUGUACGGCGUUCCCGUGCGUAUGAUGCAGUGGGACGUUACCCCUGCGAGCCGGCUGGUUCUGGGACUGCGCUCCAAUGUUGUCAAGCCCGUGCAUCCAGUCUACAGCGUCUCGUUUGUGGCCUUGGCCAACUGCAUCAAGUAUUUUUACGCUUUCCCUCCCUUGUCACCAACCAUAUUUUAAUAAUUUAGACAGUGCGAACACAAUUUAUUAUUACUUGACAG